UAUCGUUCGCCUAAGUCAGUAAAAUCCCUAAAAAAAAAAAAUCCCCAUUACAUCUCCUCUCUUCGUUAUCUUGGAGCAAUGAUCCAUCGAUGGUCCAUGGACGCCUGAGCAGGCCAAGAUCGGGACCGCGAGACAACCAAAAGAAACCUAAAACAAAAGUCAAUUGCUCUGCGGCGGCAGAAAGAAAGAAAGAGAGAGAGAUAGAGUUGCGGAGUGAAUCGAUCUUUUGGUGGAAGGAAAGAGAGAGAGAGAGAGAGAGAGAGAGAGAGAGAGAGAGAGAGAGAGAGAGAGGGAGUCUUCUUGAUGGGUGAAUUCAACAGUGGUGGUCAACCACCUUUGCCUGACGACGACGGAAGCGCUCCUCCCCUUCCCGAAAAGGUUCAGGUCGGUGGUUCCCCAAUGUACAAAUUAGAUAGGAAGCUAGGCAAAGGAGGUUUCGGACAAGUUUAUGUUGGUCGGAAGAUGGGUCCUGCCACUGUUAACGCUAGAUUUGGCCCCGGAGCUAUGGAGGUGGCUUUGAAGUUUGAGCAUAGAAGCAGCAAAGGAUGUAACCAUGGGCCACCUCAUGAGUGGCAAGUUUACAAUGCUCUUGGUGGCAGUCAUGGCGUGCCACGAGUUCAUUUUAAAGGUCGUCAAGGAGAUUUUUACAUAAUGGUUAUGGAUAUACUAGGGCCUAGCUUGUGGGAUGUUUGGAACAGCACCAGUCAAGCGAUGUCAACAGAGAUGGUUGCAUGCAUCGCGAUUGAGGCAAUAUCCAUUUUGGAAAAGAUGCAUUCUAGGGGAUAUGUGCAUGGUGAUGUUAAACCGGAGAAUUUUCUGCUUGGGCCUCCUGGAACUCCUGAAGAGAAAAAACUUUUCCUUGUUGACCUCGGUUUAGCAAUCAGAUGGCGCGACAAUGCUACUGGACAACAUGUUGAAUACGAUCAGCGUCCUGAUGUGUUUAGAGGAACGGUGCGUUAUGCAAGCGUACACGCUCAUCUUGGCAGAACUUGUAGUCGGAGGGAUGACCUGGAAUCUCUUGCUUACACUCUUGUUUUUCUUCUUCGAGGCAGGCUUCCAUGGCAAGGCUACCAGGGAGAGAACAAAGGCUUCCUUGUUUGCAAGAAGAAGAUGGCUACUUCCCCAGAAACUCUUUGCUGCUUCUGCCCCCAGCCUUUCCGUGAAUUUGUCGAGUAUGUGGUCAAUUUGAAGUUUGAUGAGGAGCCUGACUAUGCAAAGUAUAUCUCCCUUUUCGAUGGAAUAGUCGGACCAAACCCAGACAUUAGGCCAAUAAACACUGAUGGCGCACAGAAGCUCGUACAUCAAGUGGGUCAAAAGAGAGGUAGGUUGACAAUGGAUGAUGAGGACGAACAGCCAACAAAGAAGGUCAGAUUGGGAAUGCCAGCGACACAAUGGAUCAGCAUUUACAGUGCUCACAGACCAAUGAAGCAAAGAUAUCACUAUAACGUUGCUGAUAUAAGGCUCCCACAGCACAUCGAAAAGGGAAAUGACGAUGGGCUAUUUAUCAGCAGUGUGGCUUCUUGCUCGAAUCUCUGGGCUGUAAUCAUGGAUGCAGGAACUGGCUGUACGGCCCAAGUUUACCAGCUAUCACCAAGCUUUCUCCACAAGGAAUGGAUUAUGGAACAAUGGGAAAAAAAUUACUACAUCACAGCAGUAGCUGGAGCAAACAAUGGAAGCUCAUUUGUUGUUAUGUCGAAGGGGACACCGUAUCUACAGCAAUCCUACAAAGUGAGCGAUUCUUUUCCCUUCAAGUGGAUAAAUAAAAAGUGGAGGGAAGGGUUUUAUGUCACAUCAAUGGCAACUGCUGGAAGCAAAUGGGGGAUUGUUAUGUCUCGUGGAGCUGCUUUUUCAGACCAGGUAGUAGAACUAGAUUUUCUAUACCCCAGUGAAGGUAUACAUCGUCGAUGGGAAAAUGGCUACCGAAUUACAUCAAUUGCUGGAACUUGUGAUCAGUCUGCUUUUGUCCUUAGUGUGCCAAGAAGAAAGCCUAGUGAUGAGACACAGGAGACUCUUAGAACUUCUGCUUUUCCUAGUAAUCAUGUCAAGGAAAAAUGGGGCAAGAAUCUUUACAUUUCGUCCAUUUGUUACGGUCGAACUGUUUCAUGAAGUUCUAGUUUUUUUGUUUACGAAUGCAAGUCAAUUUUAGCUUUUGUAUCCAUCCAUACAUCCGCGCUCAGUGAGAAUGAACAACAACAGUGAUGCUAUGGGCUUAGGAGAAUAUUUUAAGCAAGGAUGAAUGGAAGAUGUACUUCACUACUGUUUGUUUUGGAGGAAUAAGUUUAAAAUUUCUUAGAUUAAAAAAAAGAAAGAGGAUAGCUCAGUAUUAUCAAUCUUAUCUUCAAAACUAUGGUAUGAUUGUAUGUUUUUGCAGUAAAUUGAAGAUGGAACUAUUUGGUGGGGUAA